AUGAAGGUGAACUCCCCUGUCAUCCAGCCUCUACCCAUCGGUAAAGAGGAGAAACUGGCCCCCUUGAAGCAUGCGGCCAGGCAAGGUGGCUCCCGGGAACCCGGGCCCCGCCGCCUCCCGUCUCAACUUCAUAACCAGGAGCGUGACCCCCAACUGGCGGGCGCUGGCCGGGAGAGCCCGCCCUGGGACCGAGCCUCACGGUCUUGCACAGUCGCCCAAGGGGACGGAGAGAAACGCCUUUUAGACCAGACCCCACCCCGCGGCCAGGCCUCAGUGCGCCGGGACCGCGCCGGGACCGCGAGCCGGGGGAGCGGCCGCCACCCGCACUCACCAUCGCCGCUCGCCGGGCUCCCGGCCGACGCCAAGUUCAAACCUCGCCGCGGCUCGGAGGAGGCGGCGCAGGGCAUCGCCCGCGGUUCCGGCCGCGCUCAACAAUGGGCGGCCCGGCCGCGCCCUGCGCCCCGCGCCCUGGCCCCGGCUACUGCGGCUGCCGCGCGGCGGGUGCGGGGCGCGCGGCUCGGGGGUCGGGAUCCCGGCGCCGGGGCCCGGGGGGUGCGGGGGCGCGCGACGACCACGCCUCCCGGCCGCGGGGCCGCUCCGGAGGGGCCGCGCUCGCUCGGCGCUCGCCCCCAGGUAAUCCCGCAGGCGGCCUCGGGGAUUGGCCCGGGCGCUCAGGGCCGGAUCUGCAUGUCAAUGGCAGAGGCGGUCCCCGAGGUCCGCGAGCGGACUCGGGCGGUGGAGAGCCGGGCUCCCCUCGCCCCGCCAUGGCCCUCGCGGGGCCGGGGGGACAGCAGCCGCUCCCCGCGCCGCCGCCCUCCGCGCGCGCUCGGAGCCGAGCCCUGCCUCCCCCCUCGCCCAUUCCGAGACGGAGCGGACCCGAGAGCCAGGCGCCGACUUCAGAAGCCCGCGCUCGCUUCCCGGGGCCCGCGCGGUCCGCAGCGGCUCCAGUGA